UUUUCCCUUUCUACCGGAAUCGUCAGCGAGUGAACACGUGUGCUCUCCCAAAAAAAAAGAAAGAAACUCCCGAAGAACCUGUGAAAGUGAAGAAAUCAACUUUUCAACUUUUGCCAAGUAAAGGUGUUUAACUUUCCUUGAAAAGAUCCCUCUUUCAAAGUGCGCUAUAAAGAAAAACUAGCAGUAUCUCUGAAAUCGGUGUGGAACAAAUUAAUUAAGCUUUGGCCAAAAAAUCUGAAGAGCAAAACAUAAAGAAAAUUAAGAUUUAACCUUGCCAAAGUGAAAAGAAAAGCUUCCCGUUGAAAAAGAGAUUUCUUCCUUCUUUCCCCUAAAAAAAAUAGCCCAAAUAGUCGAACUUUGAAAGAUGUAUCGUGUCAAGGAAACUCAGAAGAAAAACAUGACUGGUUGGACUAACAAGACCUUAACCGAUUACCAGAAUGGAACUCUGACCAAUGGUUGGAGUGUUUCGGGCAAGAAGACCCAAAAGCCGGAACCGAAGGCCACCCCAGAGCAGAGGGCCUUCCAAAUGCGAAAGUUGUACCUUGGGCAGAAGACCUGCCAGGUGCCGCAGGCCAGCCAAAGUCCGAAUGUCUACCUCAAGCCAGGAUCGUACUAUGAUCAGACCAUCUAUAAGGGUACCCAGAACCACCAGGGUCAAGAACUGAAGCAAGAAGUGAACUGCAACAAAUGGCAUGCCAUUGCACAAGACCCGAAGUUCAAAAUUUUCACCAAGGACCCAAGUUUAAUGCAGGGCCCAUGUCGUACCCCAGCUUCUACCAAAAACCAAGGAUUUACCCAGGAGGACAGGAGGCACCCAAGAAGCCGACGAAGUUCGAGGACUACAAGGUGCCCGAGAUCAGUGUGAGCGAGCUGUGCCGCACUUUGUCCAGCUUGAAGGCCAUGGAAGACGAAAAGAAGGACAAU